UAUUUUUGUAUUUUUCCAUAAUUUUUAUUAUUAUUUUGUCAAUCGAUUGAGUAUAGAUGUCUUGGGAUGCUAGAAUGCCUAGACCAAGAUUCUCAGUCAGUGGAAAAAAUCGUGGCAAUAAGACACAAGUAACCAUGACGAAGCCAAUAACAUCAGAUAUUUAUCAAGGAUUAUUUCCAAUUUAUCAUUUGAGCAAAGGUCUAGGACUUUUACCAGUCAGAUUUUUAUCACAAGCAUUUGGAAAAUACAUUGGUCGUAUUUAUACAAUUGACAUUAUUUACGGUGUUUGUCUGCUAUUAUUAUUUAUUGGAGCUGAGAUAUAUGGUCUUCACAGAGACCUGAGAGAUGGUUGGGUCAACAGUACAAGAUUAAAACAUCAAACUGCAUUAAAUGUUACAAUUGGUGAUGUUUUUGCUGUUGCAUUAUUGGCAGCUGUUGGUGUACUUGGUGCACCAUUUAGAUGGAAAUAUAUACAAGAAAUUAUGACACGUCUCAGUGAAGCUGAUGAAAAAUUGAGUUAUAUAACACCAAGAAAAACAAAAAAAUUUGCAAUAAUAUUAACAGCUUGUGCUUUGUCGUAUUUAAUAUUUAUAUCAUGUCUUGAUGUAUAUUCUUGGGAUCGACAAACAAAAUUAAAAAGAAAAAUGCCUGAUAAAGGACCAAUUAAUUAUUCACCAAUAUAUUUUUUAUAUAUUCAAGCGAUGAUGAUUGAAAUACAAUAUACAGUUGCAACUUAUAAUUUAAAUGAACGUUUUUUAAGGCUUAAUAAAAAUUUAGAGAGUCUAUUAAAAUACAGUAAAAAAAUGAUGAAAACAAAUUUUCAUUUGAUAAGAGAAACAAGAGAACAAAGUAAAUUAGCUGGGUACUUGAGAUCAGAUAAUGAAACAAGGAAUGUUGGAAGAGCUAUUAGAACAACAAAAAUAUCUGAUUGGAUAACUAGUGAUGGAGAUGAAACUCGUGAUAUGGUUGAAUCAAUAUCACAAUUAAUAACAGUUCAUUCAUCAUUGUGUGACACGAAUAUAUUGAUAAACAAAGCAUUUGGUUUACCAAUUCUUCAAGUGUACAAUUACUUUGGUGUGCUCUUCAUGUAUUUAGAAUGUUAAUGGUUGUUCAACCAUGCUAUGCAACAACAACAAAUUCAAAAAAAAACAGCAAUUCUUGUUAGUCAAUUAUUAAGUACAACAUGGGAUUCAGAAAUUUGUAAACAACUUGAAUAUUUUUCACUUCAAUUAAUA